AUGGCUAAUGGCAUUCAGCUCUCUUUGACGCACUUCUGUGAAGUGCAUGGUCCUACCUCAAUUAUCUGCUCUCAGGUCACUCCGUUCGCAUGCUCACAAUGCCAUCCGGAUGCGGAUCAUUCCCCCGACAACAGCCCUUCCAACUCGCCUCGUCCUAGAUCCCCACAAACCUCUUCCAGUGAUUACAAUUCCUCAAAGGUCGACAAGAUCGAAGAUCACCCGUAUUUCAUGCGACCGCAACCAGCCUCGCCCGAAGAACGCCCCACCCGUGUGAGUGGCGUGGAUGGCGAUACUUGCGCCAGCUGCAGCUUGUCUCUCCCCGAGGGUGUGAGCAAGCAACUGCCUUCACAAAGCCGUGAUGGUAAAUCCAACAAUGGUAGCCCAGUCUUGCGCUCCCGUGAAGUUGUCUACUCUUGUGGUAACAAUCACUCUGAAGUGGAUGAUCACACACCCGACCCUCACGCGCAUGCAUCUCCACCCGAUUCUCUUCAUUCCUCCUCGGGCGCUUCUGACACUUCCUGCCACUCACAUAUUCUCACCUACCUUUCUCUCCGGGGCCCACCUAACCCCACAGAUUAUGCCCUUUUGCGCCGGUCCUCCAUCCGCACUCUGAGCUGUGAACUUCUCCCUCGCGGUCUCUCCUCCGGUCCAAUAUGCUUUGGCGACUCUGUCGCUGGCUACACCAUUGCCUACAUUUUCCGUCUACCCGACCCCAUGGCCCGGGGCAAACGACGCAGCUAUGCUCUAGUGGCCCUCGCCGGAAAAGAUGCCGGAAGAGCAUUCCGGGCUUGCCCCGUCAUCUGGCGAGCAUUCGGCCGUAUCGCAACCGGCAUUGUCAGUGCCGCAGAACGCUUCCAGGAAGAAGAGAAGAAGCGAGAAGAGCAAACCAACCCCGGAGGCAACCCUGGUGGUCGUCAGUUCACACCAGUCUCCUCCUUCCUCACCGGUCGAGCUACCGACCCGGCCGGACAGCCACGCCGCCUUGGUCAGAUCCGUGCGCGCAAUUUAGCCGAGAUUGUCGGAAAUGAGUACAUUUUUACCGAGAUACACGCUCAUUUUGUUGCGCUUCUGCAACAGCUGGGUUCGAUGUUUGGUGGUGUUCCCCUGUCGGAUGAACGCUUUGUCUGCAGCACCGUGGGCGAAGAAACCACCGGCACUGCACAGCCAGUCCUCGUGUCCACCGCCAAUCGCUCAAAGCGCAAUUCUACAGCCACCAAAUACGACGGCAAUAACCUCGACAUGGCUAAGCUGGAUAUCUCUGGGCCCAAGCCUAUUCCCAUUAACACUCGCCGGUCGGUCGUGGCCUAG